GGAAGUAGAUUCGACUAAACCAUCUUGCACAACGUGCACUCUUUGACUAAGUUUUGCUCCGAGCGCGCAUAUGUCAGCAGAGUUUCUCAAUCUGUCACUACUCAAGGUGGAGCACAUUUGAUGGUCUACAGAAAAAAACCUGGACACCGCAGCUGUGACUUUUAACACUUCUCGCGAAACCGACUUCCGAUGAAUCCUCCACCUGGUGUGGAGUUGCUGUCACACGUUGACCGUUAUACCUGUUAGCCCUUCGGCGCUUCAUUUGACAGUCGUGGAACAACACCCAUGCUCCAGAGUCAGAAGUUACCAUGCUAAGCGUCGUUAGCUGCUGCUGCUACUUUACGUAGCCACAGUAUGUGUUCUUCUCAGCCCGACUCGAACCCCCCGGCGAAAAGAGCUUUAGUUUGAAAGUAGCGGCGUUUUCUUGGAGCUCCAGAGCAAGUGGCGUUUGGCCAGUUUCCCGUCGUUGAACACGAAGCGAUCAAUCUGUCACAGAAAUGGGACUACACCCGCUGGAGUUUAGUGAGUGCUAUCUGGACAGCCCCAGCUUCAGGGAGAAAAUAAAGGCACACGAAGCAGAGCUGGACAAAACCAACAGGUUUAUCAAAGAGCUCUACAAAGAUGGGAAGAACCUCAUCAAUGCGACGAAGCAGCUUGGGAUGGCGCAGCGGAAGUUUGCCCAGUGUCUGGGGGAGUUUCAGUUUGAGUACAUCGGAGAUGCAAAGACGGACGAUGAGAAAUGCAUUGAUGAAUCUUUACAAGAAUUCUCAUCAUUCCUCAGAAACCUGGAGGACCAAAGAGAGCUGAUGAUGAGAAACAUCACAGAAACUUUAAUGAAACCUCUGGAGAAGUUCAGGAAAGAGCAGCUUGGUACAGUAAGGGCGGACAGAAAAAAGUAUGAAAAAGAAACAGAGAAGUACUACAGCUCUCUGGAAAAGCUCCUGAACAUGUCAGCAAAGAAGAAAGAGCCACAGCUACAAGAGGCAGACAUCCAGGUGGAAACCAUGAGACAGCACUUUCAGGAGGAGUCACUGGAAUAUGUGUGCAAACUACAGGAGAUCCAGGAGAGAAAGAAGUUUGAGUGCGUGGAACCAAUGCUGGCCUUCUUUCAGACUGUCUUCACUUUUUAUCACCAGGGCUUUGAGCUUGCCAAGGACUUUGAUCAUUAUAAAAGAGCACUGCAGAUCAAUAUUCAAAAUACAAGGAGUCGAUUUGAGGGGGCACGGUCAGAGGUAUACGAGCUGAUGAAAAGGAUCAGAGAGACCCCCCAAGAAUACAGACAAACCAGCCCUAUCAGUUAUGAAGGCUACCUCUAUGUACAGGAAAAACGGCCACCUCCCUUUGGUUCAAGUUGGGUCAAGCGCUACAGCACGUUUGUCAAAGAGCAGAAGAUCCUGCACAUGGUGACUUUUGACCACAGAUCAGGUGGAAAGAUCGGCGAGACGGAGUCAGUCACUCUGAAGUCCUGUGUCCGUAAAACGACAGACUCAUUGGACCGCAGAUUCUGCUUUGAUCUGGACAUAACGGAUCGUCCAGGGACAGUGCUUACAGUACAGGCCCUGUCAGAGGAUGACCACAAGUUUUGGAUGCAUGCCAUGGGUGGGAAGGACCCUAUUGGAUGCCACCUAAACAGAACUCUUUCUAAAGAAAGAGGGAUUGAUGCCCAGUUAGACGAAGUGGGUUUGAGCUUUGUGAAGAAUUCCAUCAGUGCAAUUGAAACAAGAGGUAUUAAUGACCAAGGCCUGUACAGAGUUGGAGGGGUUAGCUCCAAGGUCCAAAAGCUCCUGUCAUUAAUGAUCGAUGAAAAGAGCAACGAUGUGGAUCUGACAACCAGCGAAGACUGGGACACCAAGACGAUAACAAGUGCACUAAAGCUCUACUUGAGGAGCCUCCCCGAGCCAUUGAUGACCUAUGGACUUUACAAAGAGUUCAUCAGCCCUGCGAAGGGCGGUAGUCCCGAGUCUCGCAUCCAAGCCGUCCACUGCCUGGUCCACAAACUACCAGAGAGGAAUCGACAAGUCCUCGGGCUGCUUAUGAAGCAUCUGGCCAAUGUGGCAGCUCACAGCAAACAAAAUCUGAUGACCGUUGCCAACCUUGGAGUGGUGUUUGGCCCCACGUUAAUGAGGCCACAGGAGGAGACUGUGGCUGCCAUCAUGGAUCUUAAGUUCCAGAACAUUGUGGUGGAGAUCCUCAUCGAACACAAUGAAAAGAUCUUUACAGAUGCUCCAGAGUUCUGCCCUCUUACACCUGCUGCCCCAGCACUUUCUGCUCCCACCAGGCAUUCGAAGAAAUUGAAUCGACAGAACAGGCCCUUAGCGGUCUACAAUCCACAAGUCCUUGACAUUCAGAAUGCGGUUGGAGAUAGUUCCAGCCUAGCUAUGGAGGAGACAUCGAUGGGCAGCAAUGAGUCCGUAUCUUCUCAGUCGUCAUCAGCCUCGGCCUCAGAGAUGCCCUUAGAGAAGGCUGACCGUGUGACACUCGGCACGAGCCUCAGCUCGGGCAGCAGCUCCAGAACACCUCCAGUGGCUUCAUGUGAGAGUCUGACCACAGCCACUUCGGAAAAAGAAAAGCCAGAGGAGAGUGUCACCGGCAGGAAAGCUAAAGCAGUGUACCCAUGUGAGGCAGAGCACGAAUCUGAGCUCUCUUUCCAGGUCGGCGCAAUAUUCAAUGCUGUGACCCAGUCCAGAGAGCCGGGCUGGCUGGAGGGGGAGCUGGAGGGAAAAAGGGGCCUCAUCCCUGAAAACUACGUGGAGAUGCUGUAAAACCAAAAUGGAAAUAUUUAUGGACUCUUUAUUACCUUCACAAGGGGUAAUAUGCGAAGAUGUCUGUGCCUCAACUCAAUAUGUAGUGAAAUAAAGUGACAAUUCCAUAUAUUAUUAGUAGGAAACUAUUCUGGACACGCAGUUCUGUGCAUUUUGGCCGGCAGGUAGGCUUGGUGUUGCAUGUAUGUUGGCAUGUAUGCUUCUUUGCUUGAAUUGAUAUGGUCUGGUUUUCACGAGAACUUUGUAAUUGCAUAAUGGGAUUGCAUUUACAACAAUUUGCUGUAUAUUAAGGCCUUUUAAUACCCGAGUAGCAGCAGCACUAGAGGAUGUGUGACUAUCUGAUCAUUACUCCCCUCUGCCCAUUUAUACAUGGUAUCCAUGAGCACAAAAUGAAAGGGAGAACCUCAGAAACUAUAAGGUAGGAUGUCAGCACUCAAGUCACUGAAGCUUUUAACCCUUUGUACAAAUUGGUUUGAUCAUAUCAGAGAUGCCCUCGACCUUAAUGAUCCAUCUUAAAUCUCCUCAGGUCGUGUAGGAAAAUGAGCUGGAGUGUGGCUGCUUUCAGCUGCUUUUUUGGUUUUGUUUUGUCUUCAGCCAUUUCAAGAAUAUCUAGAAACUGACAUAAGGCACGUUGUUACUGUAAUUGUAUUUUAUUUAAUUGGCACAUUGAUUUUUUUCAUUUUAAACACACAUUGUACUGUUAUCCACUUUGUUGUUGGUGCACUCCUUUUACAGAAACACAAUGAAACGCCUCUCUGGUUUCUGGGGAGCCCUGUUAUGUUAAACACUAACAUGAGACAGUGUCAACAGAGGAGAAUGUCACUUAUCUGUAACGAUCAAAGCCAAGUUUUUUUUUUUCUUCAAAUAAUCUCACUAUUCGUUUUCUAAGUGAAUUUGUACGUUGCUCUUGUUCUUUCGAGCAGAAAAUGAUACACUCCAAGUAAGCAGGAUGUUGCAGUACCUCAAAGUAUUUUAAAUAUUCUGACCUGAUUAAAAUCUGUAAUCUAAAUGUUGUGACUUAUGACCAAGUACAUCAACUCUGUUAAGUGACUGGUUUUAAUCUUUUUAUUGAGACUGGUUUUAGGAUGUAUAUGCCCCGACAGGACUAUCGUCACUAAGUUGUGUUCAAAGCUUUGAUUUGUUUUGGUUCAGCAGACUGUGCAGUGAUUUAACGAUGUUCUUAAAAGGCUUAGACUUGUCUGUCUUUUUACCUUUGGGUUAUCCUCUUUAUUAAUCUGAAAAAAUAAAGCUUUUUUUUGUUAAUUA